AUGAUUGUGGAGGUAGACGAGCCUGCAUACACGUUGGUUUAUGAUCCCAACCCUAGUGGGGUCACAUACACGAUUAGUGACUUCCAGAGGGCUUUAGAAAAGGGGUCUGAUAGUGAGAAAAUUGAGACUAUGAAGCGGAUUCUUGUGACAAUGUUAGACGGGAAUCCAUUGCCUGAUUUGUUGAUGCAUAUCAUUCGGUUUGUGAUGCCAUCUAAGAACAAACAGUUGAAGAAGCUUUUGUACUUUUAUUGGGAAAUUGUUCCCAAGUUGGAUGGCGAAGGUAAGCUAAAGCAGGAAAUGAUUCUUGUCUGCAAUGCUAUCCAGCAUGAUUUGCAGCAUCCAAACGAGUAUAUCAGAGGUAAUACUUUGAGGUUUUUGACCAAGUUGAAAGAAGCCGAACUUUUGGAGCAGAUGGUUCCCUCUGUGCGUGCUUGUCUUGAGUAUAGACAUGCCUACGUGAGAAAGUACGCCAUUCUUGCUGUGCUUUCCAUCUACAAAGUUAGCCAACACUUGAUCCCAGAUGCUUGUGAGGUGAUUGAUUCGUUCUUAGUGGCUGAAACGGAUCCUAUCUGUAAAAGAAAUGCUUUCUUAGGUCUUGCAGAGUUGGAUCGUGAAUCAGCACUUAACUACUUACAAGAAAAUUUAACCUCAAUUGACAGUGUGGACACACUAUUACAAAACGAAUUUAUUGCCUUCAUCAGAAAGGAUGCCAUUAAGACACCUGCCCUAGUUUCUCAAUAUAUCGAGCUAUUACAAGACUUGUUAGUAUCCAACCGUUCCUCAGAAGUCAUGUAUGAAGCAGCCAUUACUUUAACUGUCUUGACCAAUAAGGAGGGAAUUCUUUUGAAUGUGGCUAGUAAGCUAAUUGAUCUAGCAGCAAAGGAAUCGGACAAUAACAUCAAACUUGUCGUUCUAGAAAAGAUCAAAGAAAUCAAUGAAAAGAACCCAGGCUCUCUUGAAGACUUAACAUUAGACAUUUUACGCGUCUUAAACUCUCAAGAUUUGGAUGUCCGUGCCAAGGCAUUGGAUAUAUCUUUGGAAUUGAUCACUUCUAGAAAUGUCGAUAGUGUUGUCAAAUUGUUAAGAAAAGAAUUACAAUCUACUGCAGAUAGUACUAACGAUAAGACCUUGGAGUACAGACAAUUAUUGAUUAAAUCUAUUAACAAAGUCGCCAUCAUGUUCAGUGAAGUUUCUGCUAAUGUUAUCUCUUUACUAUUGGAUUUCAUUGGAAAUCUAUCGUCUGAAAGUGCGAACGAUGUGAUUUCUUUCACUAAACAAGUAAUUGAAAGGUACCCUGAGUUGAGAUCAGAGAUCUUGACAACUCUAAUCGAUGCCUUACAUGAAGUUAAAUCAGCAAAGGCCUAUCGCGGUGCCCUUUGGGUGUUGGGGGAACAUGCUCAAUCAGAAGCUGAAAUUCAAAGUACAUGGAAGCAUAUCCGCUCCAGUAUCGGUGAAGUUCCAAUUGUUCAGUCUGAAUUAAAGAAACUUCAAACUGAUGAUGAAGAAAAUGAAGCAGAAAAGGUACCUAUUGUUUCAACAGGUCCUGUUGUUUUACCGGAUGGUACAUAUGCAACUGAAUCGGCUCUCUCUGUAUCAGAAAAGGUAAAGUCUACUUCUAAAGAAGAAAAGGAAGCUAGACCUCCUUUACGUCGCUUUAUUUUGAACGGUGACUUUUUCACUGCUUCUGUUUUGGCAAACUCUAUCGUCAAACUAGUUCUAAAAUUCGAAAAGAUCUCCAAAAAUAUAGCAAUCACCAAUGCUUUGAAAGCUGAAGGUUUGUUGAUUCUUGUUAGCAUAAUUCGUGUUGGACAAAGUAAUUUAGUGGAGAAAAAAAUCGACGAAGAUUCUGCCGAAAGAAUAAUGACAGCAAUUUCCGUGUUGAUGGAUGAAACAUCCUCUGAAGAAACCGAGAAUGAAAGACAAUUAUUGAAUCUCGCUUAUUUGGAUGCUACAAACAGCUCAUAUAAAUCAAGGGUAGAUGUGAAUUUGAAGAAAACAGCUUCCAAGAGAUCAAAAUAUGUUGCCAAACACGGAGAGGCUGUUGAUAAAUCCAUUACAUUCAGGCAAUUUAAGGAUGCUGGUAUCCACACUGGCCCAGUAGACUCCAUUGAAGAAGACAUCAAAUUGGCAACUACUGGUACUUUAUCAUAUGCUAAACUUCAAGCCAACUCAAUUACAUCUAAAUUGAAAAAGAUUGUUCCAUUGACGGGUUUCAGCGAUCCAGUUUACGCAGAGUGUUAUAUUACAAACCAUCAAUUUGAUGUUGUGUUAGAUGUGUUGUUAGUCAACCAAACAAAGGAGACUUUAAGAGAUCUACAUGUCCAGUUUGCUACGCUAGGUGAUUUGAAGAUUAUAGAUCAUCCUCCAAGCACCAAUGUCAUUCCUCAUGGGUUCCAUAAAAUCACAAUAACAGCCAAGGUCUCUUCUGCCGACACUGGUGUUAUUUUUGGUAAUAUCAUAUAUGAUGGUGGCCACGGUGAGGAUUCACGCUAUGUUAUUUUGAAUGAUGUUCACAUUGACACUAUGGAUUAUGUAAAACCAGCCACCUGCGAUGAUAACAGUUUCCGUAAAAUGUGGAAUGCAUUUGAAUGGGAAAAUAAACUCCGUAUUAAAUCAAAGCUACCUUCAUUACGCGACUAUUUGGACAAAUUAGUAGAAGUCACACAUAUGAAUGUUUUAACACCCGAAGAGGCUCUUGGUGAAAAAGAUUCAAGAUUCUUGAGUUGUAAUCUAUAUUCGAGAUCAACAUUCGGCGAAGAUGCUUUGGCAAAUCUGUGUAUAGAAAAGGAUCCUGUUACCCAAGAGAUUGUGGGUGAAAUUCGUAUCCGUUCCAAGACUCAAGGAUUGGCCUUGACAAACGGUGAUAAUAUUACGAGAAUGGGAAGGAAUAUGAAUACCGUUAGUGUAGAUCGUGUUUAA